UGUUUUCCACCGAACCCCAUUGUGUCUGUUGUGAGAGAGAGAGAUGGUUGAGCUUGUGUGAAUGAAAACUCGGCAUUUGACUCAGUGAGUGGCAGUGACAAUCUCUCUUUCUAUGAAUUUCAGUGAACUUGCUGUAUGAUUCCUGUGCCAGGUUUGUGCUAGAGUGAGAUAAAGUGAAUUGCAACUCUCACUAUGGGUGUCUCAGGGAAGUGGAUCAAGGCAUUGGUGGCUCGAAAGAAAUCAGAAAAGCCAGAGUCAUUAGAGAAGGAUGGAAAUAAGGUUAAGGCUAGCAAGUUACACCAUCAGGGAAAGCCUGCUGUCGAGUUUGAUAAUGGUAAUCUUCCAAACGAAUUUGAUAAUGAUGCUACUCAACCUAUCGGAGAUGACAGUGGUCAUACAAACAUUGAUGCCCAUUAUUCACCUUCUACUUCACAACAAGCACAUGAUGUUGCACAUAAUCAUCAAAUGAGGGAGGAAUGGGCUGCAAUACGCAUUCAAACAGCAUUUCGAGGAUUUCUGGCCAGAAGAGCACUACGAGCUUUGAAAGGAGUGGUAAGGCUUCAGGCCCUUGUAAGAGGCUAUGCAGUGAGAAAACAAGCUGCAAUAACACUCCGUUGUAUGCAAGCUUUGGUGAGGGUUCAGGCUCGUGUUCGGGCAAGGCAUGUUCGCAUCGCAUUGGAAACUCAAGCAACACAACAGAAACUUAAGCAAAAGCUUGCAAACAAAGUUCAAGUUCGAGAAACAGAAGAAGGAUGGUGUGAUAGCAUAGGAUCUAUUGAAGAAAUUCAAGCUAAAAUAUUGAAGAGACAGGAGGCUGCAGCAAAACGAGGGAGAGCCAUGGCUUAUGCUCUAGCUCAUCAGUGGCAGGCAGGAUCAAGACAGCAGCCUGUUUCCUCUGGAUUUGAACCAGAUAAAAGUAACUGGGGUUGGAAUUGGUUGGAAAGAUGGAUGGCUGUCCGUCCUUGGGAGAAUCGCUUUGUUGACAUUAAUCUGAGGGAUGGAGUAAUAAUACAUGAAAAUGGGGCUAAGGGUGGUCAAAAUGGAACAACACAUCAAUCAAGACCUGCUAACAAGAAACCAUUGUCAUCAAACCCUCAUCUGUACCCUGUAAGUCUGAGAACUGGUUCCAUUCUUUCUGAUGGCUGUGAUUCUUCACCUACACUUAGUAAGUCAGCAGGUUUGCCAGAAUCAUCAGACACACAGCCUGUUAAGCCAAAUUCUAAGGCAAAUGUUGAAAAUUCUGUUGAAGAAACAUAUUCAAAACCUGGAAUUGAGUCAAGAUCUCAUUCAAAUCCAAAGGAGAGAACAUCUCAGGCAGAUAAGCAGGCAAAAAAGCGAUUAUCUCUGCCUAACAAUGGGGGUGGUCCUGGAUCUCAAACUGCCAAACAUCCUAUUGGAACUAGUGUGAAAGGGACGCUAAGCACGCAAAAACCUAGCAGGGAUAAGCGUAAGCUCAAUAGAGGAAAGGAUGUGAAUAUUUCAAAAUCAGUUCCAUAGCUCAAUCAAAGAAAGGAUGUGAAUAAUACAUGGUAUGCAUUUUCGAGAAUCCCAAAUCAUGGAAAUUAUUCUAUUCUCCAAUGAUAUAUGUGUCAUUUUGUACAUAUAAAUAUAAUGUCAAGCGGGGAGGGCUUUGUACUGACUACUUCAUCCAUUUAGACGCUGAUAAUGUCAAUAGAGGAAAGACUGAUGCUUGGUUUGGUUUGAGAAAAUAUUCUCUGUUUUCA